CCACGCCCUACAGUCAGUCACGUGAGGCUCCAAGAUGGCGGUGUCGCAGACCCAAAGUGGGUCUCCAUUGAGGGCUGCUAGCAUGGUGCAGAUGGAAGAUAGAGAAGCGCCCCAGAACAUCAAGAUGGCAAUUUAUACACGUGGUCGGCUGAUUCCUUCUCUAGGAGAUGCAAAAUUCAGAAAACCUGUGAUCACCGAAAUUAUUGAAAAAAAGUUUGAAUAUUAUACAAAAGACAUUUUAGAUAAGCAUGGAAUUUUCUAUGGAACUACUAGUGCCAUGUCUGGAGUACUCGCAAACAUCAUUUUCAGAAGCAGUUUCAAGGUCCAACAUGAAGCUUUGAAGACCUUUGCUACCUUAGCUACCCUUCCAUUUUUGUCUACCGUCGUUACUUACAAGCUCUUUGUAACUGAUGCUUUGAACUCAGGUAACAUAAGCAGGGAAAACUGUAUUCUGAGAAGUAUACUGAUUGGCUUUAUAUGUGGUGUUUCAUAUCCCAGUGCUCUGGCUUUUUCUAAAAAUGGACAAUUGGCAGUAAAGUAUCAUACUGUUCCACUGCCACCAAAAGGAAGAGUUAUACUCCAUUGGUUACUCCUUUGUCAAACUGGGAUGAAAGCAAUGGCUGCUCCUCUAGUAUUUCAGGCACUUUUUGGACUAUUACAUAGCUCACACCACUAUGCUGUAUGUGAAAGAAUGCGUGCAAAAGCUGGGCCUGAAGAUGAACCAAAGAGUCAGUAGAGGCCAACUCAGCAGAACGGACUUUUUUGUAAGGACUCAGGCAUUGGUCAGAGAGUGAGAAGUACCUCUGCUCCUUUUGCCUAGCAUAUAUCAGAUACUCAGUAAAUAUAAAUGUAAAACAAA